AUGGCAGAGGAUUUAUCUCGUGGUAAUCGAAAAGAUCCCGGUUGGAAAUAUAAUCACUUGAUCGAUCCUAAUGAUACCACGAGAGUUACUUGUAAUUUUUGCGGGAAAACAACUACAGGUGGAAUAAAUCGGGCAAAACAACAUCUAGUUGGGAAUUUCAGAAAUACAACAAAGUGUACCAAAUGUCCUCAUGAAGUUCGAGAAGAAUUGAAAGCUUACAUGGAGGAAAAGAAAGUAAGGAAAGAUAUUUAUGCUAGAGAGUAUCCUGAACAUGAUGAGUUUGAUCAUCAAGAUGUUGGUGAAGAGGAUGAAAUUCAGGAAAUCAUUCCUAAAAGAAAAGGUGGUGGGGGAAGCCUUCCUGGUGGCCUUAAUAAGAAAUUAGCUAAGGGUAAAGGAAAAGGCCCUAUGGAUGUAUAUUUGCAAAGUCAAGGGCAACUUAGGCAGACGGGCAUACCAUUCAAUGUUGCUCGUCUGAAAAGCUUUAAGGAGGCAAUUGAUGCUAUUGGAAGGUAUGGACCAAAUUUGAAGCCUCCCAGUUAUCAUGAAUUAAGGAUUCCAUUACUAAAUAAGGAGGUAGAGUUGACUAAUGAACUUUUAAAUCGACAUAGAGAAGAAUGGGUAAAGCAUGGAUGUUCCAUUAUGGCAGAUGGAUGGACUGAUAGGAAGCAAAGAACAUUAAUAAACUUUUUGGUGAAUUCUCCAUGUGGUACAGUGUUUAUGGAGUCCAUUGAUGCAUCUUCAUUUGUCAAAACUGGAGAGAAACUAUGUGAGCUACUUGAUAGAUAUGUGGAGCGUGUUGGAGAGCAAAACGUAGUUCAAGUUGUAAGUGAUAAUGGCAGCAACUUUAUAUUGGCCGGCCAACUCCUACAAACAAAGAGAAAACACAUAUACUGGACGCCUUGUGCCGCUCAUUGUAUAGAUCUUAUUUUAGAAGACAUAGGCAAGCUUCCAACUAUUACGAGAACCCUCAAAAGAGCAAUUGCAGUUGUUGGUUUCAUCUAUGGUCAUACAGGAGUCAUUAAUAUGAUGAGAGACUUCACAAAGAAAAAAGCAUUGGUGAAAUGUGGAAUUACUCGAUUUGCUACGAGUUUUCUAACUUUGCAGAGGUUGUAUAAUCAAAAGACUAAUUUGCGAACCAUGAUUACAUCUGAGCAUUGGGUGAAUAGUAAAUGGUCAAAAAAACCACAGGGAAAAGUUACAACUCAUACUAUAUUGAUGCCUGCAUUUUGGAAUCAAGUUGUUUAUAUACUGAAGAUAAUGGGACCUCUUUUUAAAGUCUUAAGAUUAGUUGACAAUGAGAAAAAGCCGGCUAUGGGAUAUACUUAUGAAGCUAUGGAUAGAGCUAAAGAAGCCAUCGCAAAAUUAUUUGAAUGGAAGUCUGUGAAGUGCAAAGAUAUUUUUGAGAUCAUUGAUCAAAGAUGGGAAUGCCAAUUGCAUCAACCAUUACAUGCCGCUGGACAUUUUUUGAAUCCCGAGUAUUUCUAUCAAGAUCCAGCCGUUGAGAAUUAUAGAGAAGUAACGAAUGGACUAUAUGCUUGUAUUCAGAAACUGGUUCCAAGUAUUGAAGUUCAAGAUAAAAUUGUAUCUGAGUUACCAUUAUAUACAAGAGCUGAGGGACAAUUUGGACUUCCCAUGGCAAAAAGAUCAAGAGCAACGAGAUCUCCAGCUGAAUGGUGGAAUCUAUAUGGAAAUUCAGCCCCUCAUCUCCAAAAAUUAGCCAUUAGAAUCUUGAGCUUAACCGCUAGCUUAGCUGGUUGCGAGCGUAAUUGGAGUGUGUUUGAACAUAUCCAUAGCAAGAAGAGGAAUAGAUUAGAGCAUAAAAGAUUGAAUGAUCUAGUGUAUGUCAAGUAUAAUCGUGCUCUAAAAACUCGCUUUGACUUGCGGAAUAUCAUUGAUCCAAUCUCAUUGGAUCAUAUUGAUCAUAGUAAUGAGUGGUUGGUUGGAGAAAUGGGGGUAAAUUUUGAAGCGGAAAAUGAAUUGGUGUUUGGGGGAGAUGAUGACUUAACUUGGGGCGAUGUGGCUAGAGCAUCAGGAAGUGAAGAUGCACAAACAUACUCAUACUCAAUGAGACAAAGGAGACCAUCAAAAACUUUGGCAACCGGUUCUUCAAGCUCUCAAGUUCGACGUAUUAAUAUAGAUAUAGAUGAUGUUGAGUCUAAGGAAUCAGAGGAAGAAGAUAUUGAAGGCUAUAAUUCUAGCGAUACCAAUAAGAGUAAUCCUAUUGAAGAAGAAGAUGACAAUUUAGAUGCAUAG